CUCACGCUACGGUGCGAGAUCCAGUCCCGACUGCGCGGUCGCAAUAUGCCUCAACUUGUCCCCUCCCCCGCGGACUGCCUGGCUUGAGAUGAGUGGAAGAUGUCGGUUUCGGGUCUGAAGGCCGAAUUGAAGUUUUUGGAGUCAAUUUUUGACCCAAACCACGAACGUUUCAGAAUUAUCGAUUGGAAGCCUGAUGAGCUUAGUUGUCAGUUUAAUGUAACCGGUGAAAAACUCCUGAUUAUACAUUGCAACAUCACGGAGUCAUACCCCUCUAUACCCCCAAUCUGGUUUGUUGACUCUGAUGACCCAAGUCUGACAGAGGUGUUGGAGCGCCUGGAAGAUGUCAGAAAGGGCACCUCUCUGCUCCUACAGCAGCUAAAGCGUCUCAUCUGUGACUUGUGUCGGCUGUACAACCUGCCACAGCACCCAGAUGUUGAGAUGCUAGAUCAGCCACUCCCUGCUGGGCCCAUCAACCCAGAGCGCAAGCAUGGACCAGCGGAUGAAGUGACAUCCGAGGAGGAGGAUGAAGAAGAAAUGGGCGAGCAGGACAUUGAAGACUUGGACCACUAUGAGAUGAAGGAAGAGGAGCCAGUGGACGGGAAGAAGUCAGAGGAUGACGGAAUAGAGAAGGAGAACCUGGCCAUCCUUGAGAAGAUCCGUAAGAACCAGAGGCAGGACCACUUGAACGUAAGUGCUCAUUCGGGUGCCGUCUCUGGUUCCGUUCAGGCCUCCGAUCGUCUCAUGAAGGAACUCAGGGAGAUCUACAGAUCACAGAGUUACAAGACCGGUAUUUAUUCAGUGGAGCUAGUCAAUGACAGCCUUUAUGAAUGGCACGUCAAAAUAAGAACGGUAGAUCCAGAUAGUCCGUUACAUAGUGACUUGCAAGUUAUGAAGGAGAAGGAAGGGGUGGACUACAUUCUGCUCAGUUUCUCAUAUAAAGAUAACUUUCCUUUUGACCCACCGUUCGUACGGGUCGUCUCUCCUGUGCUGUCUGGCGGUUACGUUCUUGGUGGAGGGGCCUUGUGUAUGGAACUUCUCACAAAACAGGGCUGGAGCAGUGCCUAUUCCAUAGAGUCUGUGAUCAUGCAGAUCAAUGCCACUUUAGUCAAAGGAAAAGCCAGAGUGCAGUUUGGAGCCAAUAAGAACCAGUACAACCUUGCCAGAGCACAACAGUCAUACAAAUCCCUGGUCCAGAUUCACGAAAAGAAUGGCUGGUACACACCUCCUAAAGAAGACGGCUAAAGAAGGCACUCCUCAUACUCACUGGGAAAAGAAUAAUGUCUUUGGGUCAAAAACGUUCUUUUGUUUCGGUUUUUUUUUUGUGGGGGGGGGGCGGACUAUUUUCUCCCUUCUGACUUAUCAGGAGUAAGUAAAUAAUUUUUCUCCUGGGAACCAACUGACAAAAUUCUUCCAUCUCGCCUGUCGUCGUCGUCGGCUCAGUUGACCAGUAUCUCUGCCUGGUCCAACAAUAGGCUAUCCUCCCCCGUCCCUGUCGCUAGCCCCCCCCCGUCCCCGUCGCUAGCCCCCCCCCCGUUGUCACGCCACUUCCUCUGAGGGCCGUGUUUGUGGAGACUGAGGGCAUCGUGCACAUCUUUUUUUUUUUCUUUACACAGAAAGGUUCUUGUUUUCCCUUCUCUUAAAAAUGUGGAGAAUGUUUUUUUCUAUUUUUUUCUUCUGUACAUACGCUGGUGUGACAACGUGGGCUUGACAUAAAAUCACCAUCUGUUUCUCCUGGGAGAGAGAGAGAGAGAGCGAGAGAACACUGAUGUUCUGACAAGACGAGAGCUAGUUGGUUUGUUCGUAGCCAUGUCCUUCUCUGUUUUUAGUGUGACUCUGUCAGCUCUUACCUUACAGCCACGGCAUGGUCAGUGGGAUUUAACUGAAAGCUCUCUGGUGACCGUUUGAAUUUAAAGUGAAGAAGAAGAUGAUGAUGAUGAUGUUUCAGUGAUGUCAUCUUUCGUGACACUGCUCCUUAUUCCUCCUCACUUUGUGUAAUAUUUACUGGUACAAAUUUGCAGGCAUUGUUAAAAUAUUAUACGCUUAAAAUUGUAAUUGUACUUGCUGGCUUGUUUAAUGUCCCAUGAGCCAGAUUGGUGACAAAAUGGUGUGUGACUAGGAUGCAGGAGGGACUUUAAACUGAGUCUGAGGUUCUGUCCUAAAUUACGUCCUAUUCCCUACACACUACACUACUUUUGACCAGGGCCCUAUGGGAAUACAAACAGAAUGUUGACCAAGCUCUUAGAAAUAAAGCAAAGCAUCUCUGCUAUGGGUUUCAGAUAAAUGGUUGGGCAAAAGCAGUAAACUAUGUAACCCAGGGCUGCCCAACCCACUUCCUGGAGAUCUACUGUCCUGUAGGUUUUCAGCCCAACCCACUUCCUGGAGAUCUACUGUCCUGUAGGUUUUCAGCCCAACCCACUUCCUGGAGAUCUACUGUCCUGUAGGUUUUCAGCCCAACCCACUUCCUGGAGAUCUACUGUCCUGUAGGUUUUCAGUCCAACCCUAAUUUAGCAGUUCUGAUUCAGCUAGUUAAGGUCUUGUUGAACAGGUGUGUUUUAAAUUAGGGUUGGACUGAAAGCCCACAGGACUGUAGAUCUCCUAGAAGAGGGUUGGACUGAAAACCCACAGGACUGUAGAUCUCCUGGAAGAGGGUUGGGCAGUCCUGAUAUAGGGAAUCACUCAAUACCAUCUUCUUGCUGUCCUGUAGCAUGCAGCUAUUGAUCUCUAGUCACCACACCCAGUCUGAAUAUUAUUAAUGUACUAUAGUUGAACUGGGCUCCACAUGUCAUUUUGUAAAUCCAUGUACCUUUCUUAAAUAUAACAUUAGGGGGGGGGGGCAAAACAGGUGUGCUUACUAGCCACAGACUGAUGUCUCAGAAUGCAGGAGGAUGUCUCUGGUGUGAGGCCAGAAGGUUUUGUGUCUGUCCCAAACGGGACCCUAUUCCCUACAUAGUGCACUACUUUUUGACAAGAGCUCUAUUGGUCCCUGGUCUAAAAUAUUGCAGUAUCUUGGGAAUGGGGUGCCAUUUUGGAUCUAGAUGUUGUGUCUGACAUAGCACUGUAUUCUCUUCAUAGUGCACUAUAUAGGGAAUGGGGUGCCAUUUUGGAUCUGGGUGUUGUAUAAGCAUUAUGACCCUCUUGUUUUAUUCGUAAGGAAUGCAAACUAGGAUAGUUUUGUUCCUCCCAACCGACACUGAGGUUAAUAUACCUUCUCGUUCUCUUUCACAACGCACUGUUCUUCGACUUGCACCGUUAAAGGUAUAGCCAUCUGAAGUUAGCAUUAGCAGAGCUAACGCAACCCCGUAGAGAGUGGUUAGCGCCAUGCUAACAUUAAGAGGCCUUUAUGAGUAGAUAACAAUCCAGUGUUUUUAUUUGGUGGUUGGUGGGUCUGCUCAUGACAUGGCGACCACUUGUUGUACUUGCAUUUAAAGACACCGGUGGUGGUUCCAGAUCUGUGUUGUGCGUUCUUUCCAAAAUGCCACAGGACUUGGCAAGACCUCACAAAACAUACCUGGGACCAACUGGGCUAGAGCGUAGUAUACGAGGCUUCCUUGGCACAACACACAUGAGACGUAGAGGGAUGAAAGAUGCUGUGGCUAUGUACCGUUCACUCAUAUCCAUUCCUGCACCAAACUUGUAAAGUAAAGCUCUGAUUUUAAAUUUUUGACCUCUUCCCUCAGACAAACACCCUCCUUCAGUUAGUAGUCAGUUUACUAUAGUCAGCUUUCAUUGGAGGUUGAAGCAUUUGUGAGACUUACACAAUUGUAUGUUUUCAAUCGAUCAUGUUAUUAUUACAGGACAGUGUUUUCAUUGGGCUAUAGCAAGGCAGCCCAACCCUCUGCCCGGAGAUCUACUGUCCUGUAGGUUUUCAGUCCAACCCUCUGCCUGGAGAUCUACUGUCCUGUGGGUUUUCAGUCCAACCCUCUGCCUGGAGAUCUACUGUCCUGUGGGUUUUCAGUCCAACCCUCUGCCUGGACAUCUACUGUCCUGUGGGUUUUCAGUCCAACCCUCUGCCUGGACAUCUACUGUCCUGUGGGUUUUCAGUCCAACCCUCUGCCUGGACAUCUACUGUCCUGUGGGUUUUCAGUCCAACCCGCUGCCUGGAUAUCUACUGUCCUGUGGGUUUCUCCAGGAAGAGGGUUGGGCUGAACCUACAGGACUGUAGAUUUCCAGGAAGAGGGUUGGACUGAACCUACAGGACGGUAGAUCUCCAGGAAGAGGGUUGGACUGAACCUACAGUCCAACCCUCUGCCUGGACAUCUACUGUCCUGUGGGUUUUCAGUCUAACCCGCUGCCUGGAUAUCUACUGUCCUGUGGGUUUCUCCAGGAAGAGGGUUGGGCUGAACCUACAGGACUGUAGAUCUCCAGGAAGAGCGUUGGACUGAACCUAAAGGACGGUAGAUCUCCAGGAAGAGGGUUGGACUGAACCUACAGUCCAACCCUCUGCCUGGACAUCUACUGUCCUGUGGGUUUUCAGUCCAACCCUCUGCCUGGACAUCUACUGUCCUGUGGGUUUCUCCAGGAAGAGGGUUGGGCUGAACCUACAGGACUGUAGAUCUCCAGGAAGAGGGUUGGACUGAACCUACAGGACGGUAGAUCUCCAGGAAGAGGGUUGGACUGAACCUACAAGGACGGUAGAUCUCCAGGAAGAGGGUUGGACUGAACCUACAGGACGGUAGAUCUCCAGGAAGAGGGUAAUCGAUUCUAAAUUCUAUAGCUUCCUAAGUUGAAACACAGUUCACUAUUUGGAGGGGGAUCUUCCUUGUCCUGGUAAAGUAAUAACAUCUUAUGCAUGUCCCAGAUGACACCCCUAUUUCCUUUAUAUAGUGAACUACUUUUUUUUAGUAGGGCUUAGGUCAAACAAAAGUAGUUCACUAUGUGAGGAAUAAGCUGCCGUUUGAGAGGUAGAAUACAAGGCUUGGCUGAACAUAUAAACAGUGUAUGGGGAGGUUCUGUGUUUUUCACCUUGUAUACCAAGAAUGUUGGGCUAAAUAUCUAUUUUUUGUUUGUUUUUUUUGUUUCGUUUUGUGUACUAAUAAGAAGGAUUACUGUAUUAUACUGUGUAAGUAUAAAUUGCUCUUAUGAACUGAUGUGGAAGUUUUGGAAUGACGUUACUUCCCCCUUGUUUUUUUUUGUUUCGCGUUUCUCAUGUAACACAUCUGCAGUGCAACUAUAAUAUGUCUCCCAAAUGGCACCCUAUGGAGUGCACUACUUUUGACCAGGGCCAAUAGGGAAUAGGACACUUAUUUUGAACAGGGCCAAUAGGGAAUAGGGCGCACUUCGUUUGACCAGGGCCAAUGGGGAAUAGGGCGCACUUCUUUUUUUUCCCAGGGCCAAUAGGGAAUAGGGCGCACUUAUUUUUACCAGGCCCAAUAGGAUAUAGGGUGCACUGCUUUUGACCAGGGCCAAUUGGGAAUAGGGCGCACUACUUUUGACCAGGGCCAAUGGGGAAUAGGGCGCACUUCGUUUGACCAGGGCCAAUGGGGAAAUAGGGUGCCAUUUGAGAUGCACUCUUGUGUUUUGUCCUAUGGGGUGUCUCACCCUUUCUGCAAAAGCAGUUUUGAACUGAAUGAAACUCGGGUAAACAAACUGUUUACCUUUUUGGAGGGGAUAUUCUGUGGCCCAAAUAGCAACCUAUUCCCUAUAUUUUUGAUCAGAGCCCCAUAUAGGGAAUAGGGCCCUGGUCAAAAGUAGUGCACUAUAUAGGGAAUAGCGUCUGGGGACACCCAGGGCCCUUUCUGCAUGUCCACCCCCAUGCUUUGACUGGUGUAAAAAACAUAAUGGGCAUCUGCUGUAUGUUUGUCUUUUAGCCUCUUAACUAAUACAUAUAUGCAGGCUAGGCUACUAUGGUUUUUUUUUUGAUAGUGCAAGAGGUCUUUUAAGUAUCUCAUAUGUAAUGUUAAAUAUAUAUUUGCACAAAAUGGCAAGGAUGUGCCUCAGUGGUCAAUAUAUACCUAAAAUAACAAAUCAAGUCCUUCAAGAACCUCACCUUUACUGAAUCAGGGGGAAACAUUUUUAUUUCAAUAUCAACUCUUCUAUUCCUUAUUGAUGGCGGUCUGAAUGAUGUUUCCAGUCUGAAUCACACAGGCUGUGUCUCCCUUCUCCACCUUCAUCCCAAAGUGUACGACUUGCAUACUUCAUGUCAUGGAUUUACAUUGCUGGAGGGAGUUUCAACCAUUUGUUAACUCUACGACCGUUGAGCAUGCGGGUGCCCAUUUUCUGGAGAAAUUUGGAAAAUGGCGAUGUUAGCCACAGGUUGUUGUAUUUCUAGGGGUCGACAGGUAGGGGGGUGGGGGGGGGUGUUUUUAAUUCUGUACUACAUCUACUUAACUCCAGAUGACCGAGGUUCUGUCUUAAAUGGCACAAUUUUAUUCCCUACAUAGUGCACUACUGUUGACCAUGGCUCUGGUCUAAAGUAGUGCACUACGUAGGGAAUAGGGUGCCAUUUUAGAUAAGCCAAAGGGUUGUCCCGUUAACUUCUGCACAGAAUUGAUUGUUAGUAUACGAUUAUAACUUCACUUCACAUGCUGAAUCCAUUUAAAGUAACUUAGGGUCAACUCGGUAGAACAUUUUAGCACGUCUUUAGCACCCAGAUCCUGUCCAGAUUACCCCCCCCCCCCCAGCCCCCUUUCCUACCCCCAGACACGGACUUGUGGAGAACUGAGGCUGUAUGUAUUGUGUCUUUAGCAGGAGUGGCAGAUCUAGGAUCAUUCCUCUUCAUAGAUAAUUAUGACUAUGGACAGGAGGGACCUGAUCCUAGAUCAGCUCUACUACUCUUAACGUUGGAUACUCUUUACCCUGAUUACAAUUUGAUAGAGGUUAAGCAAUAUGAUAGGAUAGGUGGAUAUGUUGCCGUAUUGCUUACACGUGCCCAAUCCUUUCCGAUUUAGGGGGGUUGGUAGAGGGGGGGGAGGGGAGUCUGUUUCUGGACAGGGCCCAAAUCUCUGGUCAGGGUUUAGGAGCUCAAUCACUUUGGGGUAGUCAGUCAGUUCAUUCUGUGAUUAAUAGGUCUCCAUGCUUCUCUGUGACUGGACCAGUGUUUUUCAUUAAAAAAAAGUUCAUUUAUCUUCUCUUAUCUAGACUAAUUGUGAAUUCAUUUUCUGCUCGUCAGCAAAUGGUGGACAGAUUGUCAAGUUUUGCACCGUUGGGCAUGCUUUUGGUUUGUGUUCAUAUUUUUUUAAUUUUUUUUCCAUUUCAAAACGAAUUUUGACCAUGUACAGUAAUUUAUAAACUUGCAUCAAGUUUAUGAAUAAAGAAUUUUAAGAUUA